AUGAAGGCCUGCCAGAUCCAGUCGCAGGGGCUCAUCGUGCUGCUGUGCCUCGUGAACCUGCUCAACUACAUCGACCGGGGCAUCAUCCCAGGCGCGCCGCAGAGCUUCCGACACUUCAUCACCUCAUCGCUCGGCGUGGCCGUCACGGACCAGUCCGUGUACUUCGGGCUGCUGUCGUCGGCCUUCAUCAUCGGCCACUCGGUGCUGUCCAUCGCCUUCGGGUACUUCGCGCUGACCCACCGGCCGUUCCGCAUCAUCUCGCUGGGGACGAGCAUCUGGAUCGUGGCCAUCGUCAUCUGCGCCGUGUCGGAGCAUGUCAACAGCUACGCGCUGCUGAUCGUCGGCCGCGUGCUGAGCGGCGUGGGGGAGGCGUCUUUCCAGUGUGUGGCCCCGCCGUUCAUCGAUCGCCACGCCCCACCCGCGCGUCGGUCGUUCUACGUCGGGAUCUACCUGGCGUCGGUCAUCGUGGGCACCGCCAUCGGGUUCGUGUACGGCUCGCUGUUCGCCGAGUCGGCCUUGACGUGGGCGGGGGCGUUCUACUUUGAGGCCAUCUUGAUGGCGUGUCUGGUCUUCUGCUGCUUGUUCUGCGUGCCCGACGAGCUGAACGUCGUGCCGCCUACAGAUGACGCCGUGGCGUUGAGGAAGCCCCUCGUGUCCACGAACGAGUUUGCCAGCGAGGUGAUGUCGCUGUCCCGGGAAUCGCACGACACCGUCGAGAAGAACGCGGCCGACCUGUCGCCCGAGAAGUUCGGCGCCGAGAUGAUGUUGUCGCCCGAAGAGUUCAACGAGUCCAAGUCCUUCCUUCGGACGUGGUGGGAGAUCCUCUCGGACGUUCCGUUCUUGCUGGUGGUGCUGGCUCAUGGCGCGUACACGUUCACGCUCGGAGUCUUCAAUGCCUUCGGGCCGGACGUGUUCAUCGGUUUGGGGCUGUUCUCGGAUGAGACGUCGGCGUCGCUGAUCUUCGGCGGCAUUGUGGCUGUCACGAGUCUCAUCGGCACUCCGCUAGGAGGAUACGUGCUGGAUCGGCACACCAAGAACACGACUGUGCCAGGCAAGAGGUGCUUCGUGGCGGUCUCGUCGCUCUUCGUCUACGUGACCAUCGCCGAGGUGUUCGCGCUCAUCAUGUGCUUCAUCUCGGACAGUAAGGGCGCCUUCCUCACGUGCUUCACCAUUGCGCUCUUCUGCAUGUGCGCGCUGUGGGGGCCCGAGAUGGUGGCCGUGCUCGAGCUGUUCCCGUCCUCGCGUCGGUCUAUGGCCAUCUCGGCCAACGCAGUGAUCAUCCACGUGUUCGGGGACGUGCCGGCGCCGAUCGUCAUGGGCGUGGUGCGAGACAAGUGGGCUCCAAACUGUGGCACGGUGGAGGACGAUGGAGACGCAGUGCUGAAUCCGCGGUGCAGUGAGGACCAGGAUGGACUCAAGAACUUCAUGCUGCUCUCGGUGCUGUGGAUGGUCUGGGCCGUGAUCCUCUGGGCGCUGGCCAUGGCGGCGGUCAAAAGACGGCAAAGGAAGGGAGGCUUCGUGCUCACUGCACCAGCAGAGAUCUAA